AUGACCAUGGACAAAAUGAUUAUCGAGCGCGACGUCCCGAUAGUAAUGGAAGAUGGCCUAGUUCUGAAGGCAGAUGUCUUUCGUCCGAAGGAUGAAACUCCAAGCCCCGUUAUUAUGACUCUCGGUGUUUACGGGAAGGGCGUACCCUAUCGCGACGCCUUCGCACCCCAGUGGGAUGUCUUGAUGGCAACAAAACCCGAGGUCCUCCAAGAUUCCACGAAGAAAUUGAUGGUUUGGGAGCUAGUUGAUCCGGAAAUCUGGGUAGCAUGGGGCUAUGUGUGUGUUCGAGUUGACUCCCGCGGAUCAGGCCGUUCUCCCGGAAAGCUGGACAUCUUCUCGAAAAGAGAAGCCAAAGAUUACUAUAACGCAAUCGAAUGGGCCGCAGCUCAGCCGUGGAGCUCAGGGAAGGUUGGUCUGAAUGGCAUUUCCUACUAUGCCAUCACGCAAUGGCUUGUGGCUUCACUUCAACCACCUCACUUGGCUGCGAUGAUUCCUUGGGAGGGUGCAAGCGAUGCAUAUCGUGAUAUGAUGCGCCAUGGGGGGAUCCAAAACGAUGGAUUUUUCAAGUGGUGGUAUCCAAAGCAGGUUAUUGCAGUCCAACAUGGCAAUCCUCGAGGCUGGCAAGAUCCCUGGCUUGGUGAGAGAAGCAGUGGGCCCGCAUCCCUCUCGGAAAUCGAGCUUGAACGAAAUCGGACAGACCCCGUGUCGGACAUUCUCUCAAGACCUCUUGAUGAUGAAUGGUAUCGCGAAAGGUCGGCUGAUUAUAGUAAAGUGACAGUACCAUUCCUCAGUGCAGCAAACUGGGGAGGGUUCGGGAUUCAUCCCCGAGGCAACUUUGAAGCGUUCACACAAGCUGCCUCGAAGCAGAAAUGGCUCGAUUGUCAUCCAGGUCGACACGAAGAAUGGUUCUAUCUUGAUCAUGGAAUGGCCUUACAGAAGCGUUUCUUGGAUCAUUUCUUGAAGGGAAUCGACAAUGGAUGGGACAAGGAACCACCGGUACUUCUUCAUCUGCGGAGGCCAUUCAGUAAUGAGUUUGAACAACGAAAAGAGACAUCCUGGCCACUGCAGAACACCAAAUGGAAGAAGUUGUAUCUUGAUUGCGUUGAUGGAUUCGCUGUUCCUGGGAUGUCUUGGGACCCUCCUUGCAAGUGGUCGAAGAUGAGCUUCGCUGCUCUCGGACGUCCAUUGACAUUUCUAUCGCCGCCGCUCGAGAAAGAUAUUGAGGUUACCGGGCCGGUUGCAGCUAAGUUAUUUGGUUCUUCGACGACGACUGACAUGGAUCUCUUCCUCACACUCCAAGCCUUUCACAACGACCGUGAAAUUGUCUUUGAAGGUGCAGCAGACGCAAAUACACCACUCUCACAGGGAUGGCUGAGAGCGUCUCACCGAAAGCUGGAUCCUUCGAAAACCUUACCCUAUCGUCCCUAUCACAGCCACGACGAAAUUCAACCACUGCAGCCCGGGAAGGUUUAUGAGCUGGAUGUUGAAAUCUGGCCCACAAACAUCUUACUCCCUAAAGGGUCCCAAAUCGCACUUCAAGUUAGUGGCAAAGACUUCGAAAGGAUGAUGCCUCCGAGGGAAGCUGGAAAUCCGUGGGAAAUGCGGAACCCUACGAUUUGCACGCAUAGCCACCUUCAAGAUCGACCAAAAGAUACAUUCGGGGGCGAGUCUACCAUUUUCACGGGGGGUGAAACACCAUCUUUCCUAUUGCUUCCCUUUAUUGAGAAUUAG